UGAAUCGAACGUGGCGCACUCAAGUACGCCAGCUGCGCGCUCGGUACCCGGUUAAAUUUAAUCAAACUUUUAUUUAAACACUGGGAAUAGUCGUAUUAUUAGUCGCGAAGCACUACACGUCCAGCUGGGUUGGUGAUUGACUGUCAGCCCCACGCAGCUUUCAGGCGUCGGCAAAAUUUUGAUCAAAACUUAUGCUAUCAAUGGAAUAUUUCGCUUAAAUCAGAGUGAAUCUAAGGGAUAAAUAAAAGGAACUCAGGCCUGAGGAUAUAUGCAAUAUCAGAAAUCCUUAAAUUGGAAUUUCCAUAGUUUGUAUACAAGUGAAAAAUUGUAAAAUCCUUAAAAAUGCCAAUAAAAUUGGAGAAUGUCACGACAAUUGCGUAGACUAAACAAGUCAAGUGUUUUAAUGUAUUCAAUACAUACAUAUUUUUGAGUGUGCUACAAAAAAGCAAAUACAAUACAUACUUUAAGUGAGGUGCUUAAUAAAAUUAAGUUCUCGAAGCAACAACACUCCCGAUUGGAUUUCAAAACUAUUAACUAAUAGAUAGAAAUCUUAGUGUAGCGGCUACAAAAUGGAUCCCGACUGCUUUGCCAUGUCCUCGUACCAGUUUGUCAACUCAUUGGCCUCCUGCUAUCCGCAGCAGAUGAAUCCGCAGCAGAGUCAUCCGGGCGCCAAUGGCAGCACUGGCAACAGCGGAGGCGCGGGCGGUGCGAACGGCGGACAGGGCAACUCGGGUUCGGCGACGCCGGGCGGCAACGACUACUUCCCAGCAGCGGCCGCCUACACGCCCAACUUGUAUCCGAACACACCGCAGGCCCACUAUGCGAACCAGGCGGCCUAUGGUCUGGGGGGCGGAGGCGGGGCGCCGGGCGGUGGACAGGCCAAUCCUGAUAUGGUGGACUAUACGCAACUGCAACCGCAACGGCUGCUGUUGCAGCAGCAGCAACAGCAGCAGCAGCACGCUCAUGCGACGGCCGCCGUUGUCGCCCAGCAACAACAACAGCAGCAGCAGCAGCAACAGUUGCCGCAACAGCAGCAACAACUCCCGCAACAACAACAGCAACAACAGGCGAGCAUUAGCUGUAAAUACGCCAACGAUCCGUCGACGCCUGUUGGCAACAACAACAACAAUAACAACAGCGCCAACAGCAACAACAACAACCAGUCGCUGGCCAGUCCGCAGGAUCUCUCCACGCGCGACAUCUCCCCCAAGCUAUCGCCCAGCUCCGUGGUGGAGAGCGUAGCCCGUUCCCUCAACAAAGGCGUGCUCGGCGGCAGCUUGGCCGCCGCCGCCGCCGCCGUGAGUCUUAAUAACAACCAUAGCAGUGGUAGCGGCGGUGGUGGCGGAGGCGGCGGUGGCGGUGGCCCCGGACCCGUCAAUGUGAAUGUGAACGUGCCCAUGCACAGUCCGGGCGGCGGCGACUCCGACUCGGAGAGCGACAGCGGCAACGAGGCGGGCAGCAGUCAGAACAGCGGCAACGGCAAGAAAAAUCCUCCACAGAUCUAUCCAUGGAUGAAGCGAGUACAUCUCGGACAGAGCACUGUGAAUGCCAAUGGCGAGACGAAACGACAACGGACCUCAUAUACCCGCUAUCAGACACUGGAACUGGAGAAGGAAUUCCAUUUUAAUCGCUACCUGACGCGCCGGCGACGCAUUGAGAUCGCGCACGCGCUCUGCCUGACGGAGCGACAGAUCAAGAUCUGGUUCCAGAACCGGCGCAUGAAGUGGAAGAAGGAGCACAAGAUGGCGUCAAUGAACAUUGUGCCCUAUCACAUGGGCCCCUAUGGCCAUCCCUAUCACCAGUUCGAUAUCCAUCCGUCACAGUUCGCGCAUCUGAGCGCAUAGGACGCGUGGCACUUUUCGGGUACUGGUUAGAGACUCAAUCAGUUGUAUCAGGAACCAUAUCAGGCGGCGGCAGCGGCCAGCGUGGCCGGCGGCUAUCAGUCACAGGGCUCUCAGGAUGCUACCGCGGCGGCGUCGGUGCUAGGCAGCGCCAGCGUCGGCGGCGGAGCUGGCAGCAACAUUGGCGCCGGAAACGGACCCAAUUCGCUGUUCAGCUCCGCCGCGGCGGUGGCCAAUGCCAGCAAUACCAAUGCCGACUGCAUCAAAUAUCCUCAAGAGUUCUGAUCUCAGGUUAUCAUCAGGCAGCAGCAGGAGCAGCAGCAGCAGUCGCAGCAACAACAGCAGCCACUCGACCAGCUGCUGACUGACUCGGACUGUGAGCCCGACUCGGAGCUGGGCCUGGAGCUCGAGCUGGAGUACAAAGCGGAUAUUGUGGGCUGCAAUUUGUUCUGCUGCUGAGCCAAUGCCGGUGCCGGUGCCGGUGCCUGCGCCAUUGCCACUGCCUUGCCUUGCCUUGCUCCGCAUACGCAUACGCAUACGCAUCCGCAACCACAUCCGUAACCGCAAUCGCAACCGCCGCCGCCGCUGUCGAUCAACCAACAUCAAAGACGAUGCUUCUUGUUUGCAACUGAUUCGUGUUAAGCUGAGAAAUGAGCCGUUGCUGGAGCGCGGCUCGUUUGGGUUUAUGAUACUGGAGGUGGAACUGUGCGCGUUCGUCUAGUUCUUCCAGAGCCUUCCCGCAGACGCCACCACCCGCACAGACACACACACACACGAGCACACACACAAGUACACACACACACACACGCACACACAUGAACACAGUUCGAGCAUUGGGCUCGGACUUGGGCAGGGCAUCUGGAGUUCGCUUAUGAUAACUUCUUUUGAAGCCGUUGCCAUUGGACGUCCAGUAUGAUAAACCUCUUUCUCUAAGCAGUAUUCGAAAAGCUAUUAGUUUUAAGUGUAGCAUAAAUUUUAGGCCUAAGUCCGCACAGACGAACAAAUUUGAAAAACAAAAAUAAAAACAAAAAACAAUUCAAAUUGAACGUAAUAUUUGCAAUAAUUUCAAAGUGAUUUCUAUUAAAAUUAGUUUUCGUAUUAUGAUUAAUUCUAAGUCGAGUGUCCCCGGGGAUAAUUCGCAUUCUCAAAUCUGUACUUAAAACCUAACAGUCAUACAUACUAUGUACAUAUGUAUGUGUAUGUAUAUGUAUGCAUAGCUACCCAUAUAAGGUUUUGUUUAGUUUGUAUAUAGCAGAGCGCCCCACUCUCAUAUGGCGCCUUAUUAUGUUUGUGUUUCAUUUUAAAUAUAAAUUGUUUUGCUCGAGAGCUACUUAACAAACUGUGAGCCGAAAUGUUCAGUUUUAUUUUAAUAUAGAUUUGUGUUGUUGAAAGUGCUUUAGCAGCUUGGCAAAUGCUUUACUAAUUUUAUUCAAAAUUAAUACAUACUAAAUACAAACUCGUUUUAUUUGCACCCCCCAAUCCCCACAAUAAUGAACAAAUUCGGAGGAUAAACAGGAAACUUGUGGCCCAAUUGCAACUAUUUAGCACAAUUUCUAUAGCAAAGCCACUGAGAAUUAUUUAUGGCUGGUGCCCGACACCAGAUGCUCUCUCAAUGUUAUUAUUUCGAGUCGAAUCAAGAACUUUUGUGUCUGUAAAUCAAAAUCCUAUUACAAAUACAAAUACAUAUUGUCUCUUAGCGUAAGUGUGCAUUAAAAUUCAAAAUAUUGAGCAAUGCGCAAAUUGUUAAAAUCUAAAAUUAACACAAAAUUUAAGAAAAUUAAAAUAAUAAAAACACACAACAACAAAAACAUUAAAACAAAACCUAUACGUAAAUUUAAUGUAAUUAUUUAUGCUGUACUUUUUGCUAAGCUAAGGUUAGUGCAUUCUAGAACCUAUCGGUAGUCUAUGUGAACCUAGCU